AUGCUGCGCUGUCUGCUAUUACCAUGGAACACAUUAUUGGUGUUCUACGCCGCUCUCUGUGCGUCCGUCAACGCCAUAGACGAGAGGGUUCUUUCGACCGCUGCGACUCCUAAAAGGAGAGGCUACUCCAAGGGAGAGUCCAUGCCUGUCAGCUGCUUGAACAGAACAAUUGAUACUGGCGAACAUAUAACCGAUAGCCAUGGAAAUUUACAAUAUAUACCAUUCCCGACCUGCAACGAGACGGGCCUACCGUUGUCCUUUCCUUACAACACCCCCCAGACUCAAACCUGUACCAUCGAGUCCCUGCCCGACGAGCUCUACCACUUGAUCGAGUUCUUUGUCCACAGCGACGUCCCUCUCACCUGCAGGGUCCCGUCGUACCCCUUAUCGCAAGAAGAGUUGGCCAUAACUUCAUCAUUGUCGGAGGCUGGAGGGGCGGGUGCAGAGAAAGACCUGUGGACGCCUUUCACCGUUGCCCUCCAGGGCGUUUUGCAGCUGUCCCAUCUCCACCUGCACACGAAUAUAAACGUUCUUUUCCACAUGUCUCAAGAGUCGGAGACGCCCAAAGACCCACGAGUACCCGAGUCACAUCUGAUAGCUUCAACCGCAUAUUCUGUACCCAAUUUGUCCGUGUCGACACCUGCGGAGGGGUCCAAGAUCGUUCGAUAUGAGCCCAUGGUGCUUACCUUCAAUGUUGGAUGGAUUGACGGCGCGGUGCUACCAGGAAUGGCUGGACGACCGGUGCUGGGAGUCAAGGAUCAUCGCGUUGGGUUCUCUCUAUUGACUUUCUUUGCUUUGGCUGCGAGUGCUGGUGUCGGCGCGAUGGCAAUGCUUGUCCACGAGAGACGAAAGAGUGGGAGAAGUGGUGUCUAUGGAAAUGGCAUUCUUGGAGGGAACAUUGGCAAUGGCAAUGGCGUGUCGAGAACUUCAGGGUAUGGAGGAUACGGAGGGUAUACAAGCAGUUUUGGCAAACGAGACUAA